GAGGAAAAGGGACGCAGACUGAGAAACCGAGAGAAAAAAGUGGAGACAGGUUUAUUUUACGCACGGGAAAAACAGUGAAGUAGUUGAAGAAAAGAGCAAAAGAGAAAGAGGAAAAAGGGCAUGGGAUAUUUUUUCCUUUAAAUGUGUCUUCUUUCACUCUCAUGACUCAAAGAGGAUUCCAGCUAAAUUCACCCGCUCAGGAGGAAUUGAUGGUGUCUUUUGGGGGAAGCAGAGCCGAGGGGAGGAAUCUGAAUGCGCUCGGCUGAACCAUGCCAGCCUUGUGGAUCAUAACUUUGACGAUCACUUUGAACCAAGUGUGGUGUGUUCGUUUCUCCCAGGAGCCUGCCGACCAGUCCGUGGUGCUGGGGGAGCGAGUGGUGCUGUCCUGCGUGGUCUUCAACUACAGCGGCAUCGUCCAGUGGACCAAAGAUGGACUGGCCCUUGGCAUCGGAGAGGGUCUUCGAGCCUGGCCCAGGUACCGUGUGCUGCGAGCGCUGGACAUCGGCCAGUACAAUUUGGAGAUCUCCAAUGCGGAGCUCUCUGAUGACUCUCUUUAUGAGUGUCAGGCCACAGAGGCCGCCCUGCGCUCCAGGAGGGCGAAGCUCAAUGUACUCAUCCCCCCUGGGGACCCGGUGGUGGAGGGUACGCCGGAGCUCCUGCUAAUGGCUGGGACUCCAUACAACCUGACCUGCAUGACCCGCGGGGCCAAGCCUGCAGCACACAUCCAGUGGACCAAAGAUGGAGUCCCUGUGGAAGGAGCCCACCAUUCCACGGAAGUGCUGCCAGACAGAAAGAGAGUAACAACCAGGAGCUACUUGCCCAUCAAUGCAGUCGACACUGACAGCGGCAGCAAUUUCACCUGCGUGGCCAGCAAUCCGGCGGUGCCGAUGGGGAAACGAGCCACCGUCACCCUCAAUGUUCACCACCCUCCCACGGUGACCCUGUCCAUCGAGCCUCGUUCUGUCCUGGAGGGAGAGAGAGUCACCUUCACCUGCCAGGCCACGGCCAACCCUCCCAUCAUGGGCUACAGGUGGGCUAAAGGUGGCGUGUUGCUGGAGGGGGCCAGAGAGAGUGUGUUUGUCACCACGGCUGAUCACUCCUUCUUCACCGAGCCUGUUUCCUGUCAGGUGUUCAACGCUGUGGGAAACACAAACGUCAGCAUCCUCGUAGACGUGCACUUUGGCCCGAUACUGGUGGUGGAGCCAAGACCAGUUACAGUGGAUGUGGACUCUGAUGUCACUCUGCACUGCAAGUGGGCUGGAAACCCUCCUCUCACCCUCACCUGGACCAAAAAGGGCUCCAGCAUGGUGCUCAGCAACAACAAUCAGCUGCAUUUAAAGUCGGUGAGCCAGGCCGACGCGGGCCAGUAUGUCUGCAAGGCCAUCGUGCCUCGCAUUGGAGUGGGAGAGACCGAGGUCAUGCUCACUGUCAACGGACCUCCCAUCAUCUCCAGUGAUCCAGUUCAGUACGCAGUCAGAGGGGAAAGAGGAGAGAUCAAGUGUUACAUCGCCAGCACCCCCCCACCUGAUAAGAUUGUCUGGGCGUGGAAGGAGAACGUGUGGGAGAAGGAGAAAGGCACCCUGAUGGAAAGGUACACUGUGGAGCAGAGUAAGCCUCCGUCACAGGGUGGGGCUGUCCUCUCCACCCUUACCAUUAACAAUGUCAUGGAGUCUGACUUCCACUCCCCAUACAACUGCACAGCCUGGAACUCCUUUGGACCUGGAACCAUGAUCAUCACCCUGGAGGAGAAAGAUAUUGUUCCAGUGGGAAUUAUCGCUGGUGGUACAGUGGGCUCCUCCAUUCUGCUGCUGAUGCUUCUGCUGGCACUUGCCUUCUUCCUCUACCGCCAACGCAAAGGCAGUCGGCGAGGUGUCACCCUUGGUAAACCAGACAUCAAGGUAGAAACGGUCAACAAAGAGACCCACAGCCUGGAGGAGGAGGCGGCCAACGUCUCCACGGCAACCAGGAUGGUGAAGGCCAUGUACUCCUUUCUGCCCUCUGUUUCCCUCUCUCCCUCCACUCAGCCUUUCAAAGACGACAUGGACCUGAAGCAGGACAUCAGAAGCGAGAGCGACACGCGGGAGGAGUACGAGCUCAAGGAUCCAACCAACGGCUACUACAAUGUCCGAGCCACUACCCAUGAUGAAGCGCGCCCGCAGACCCGUGUCGUCCACUACCAGGGAGAGUUUCGCUCUCCUAACCCAAACAGCGGACCAGCUGGUGCCACCUCCAGCGGACCUUCAACUGCUGCCAGCGGUGCAGUUCCCCCCAGCUCAGUGCCAGGCUCAAGGGCAGGCUGCUAUGAUCCCCGUCCACCCUCAAGGAUGUCGCAUGCCACCUACGCCCAAUUCAACACCUUCUCCAGGGCAGCACAGAGCCAGCAAGCACCUCCCAAUCCAGCUCUUCCAUCACCCGGAGACUACCCCGGGGGAGAUUGCGGCCUGCUGGACAGCACAACCCAACUGCCAUAUGAUAGCUACGGAUACCCCUCCCAGUAUGCCAGCUACCGAAUGGGCUUUGCUCCACCUAUAGAGGAAGGGCCAGCCUAUGAGAUGUAUCCAACAGGACAAGGGACCGGGCCGGGGCCAGGACCGGGACAGCAAAGUCCUGAAACAGGCCUUGGAAAGUAUGGAAGCUCCACUCGCUUCUCUUACUCGUCUCCACCCUCUGACUAUUCCCACAGACAUACACAACGGAUGCAGACUCAUGUGUGAGAAAUAGUCUUGGACUUGCUUUUUACAGCAGCAAAGUAACACUUCUACAACACCAAUACUUCCCAUCCUGUAAAAAUCCCACUCUUCUUCAUAAAGCUUCAAGAAUCUGUUUUCUGCUUCCUGAGUGGCCGCUGCAUGAAAUUAAAUUAAUUUUUGGAAUCAAUGAAACAACAUAAUAAUGCCUCGCAGUUAGCAGCAUUACAUUAGAAACUGUUAGAAGCAAUACAUGCAAAGCAACACCCACACACAUUUGGUCAGGCCUCCUGUCUGCAGUGUUUAUUCUCCAACAGAAGCAAACGCGAGAGCCACAAUCACAAGAAGAAGAGGAAGAAGAGCACUUUGAAGAAAUGAAGAAGAAGCGCUUUAGGAGGUGCAAUCCACAUCCCUGCUCUUAGACUUGUAACCCUGCAUCAUGUGGUCCUCCCUCCCCAUCUCUGUAAAUAAGCAAAAAUGGAAAUUUGGGUCAUUUUAAAUUAUAUUUCUUGUAUAAACCUAUACGCUGAGAUGCAGUACAGUGACCUCCAGCAAAUCUCUGUGCAAGCCACACUUUUUGCAUUUUCUGACUCUGACAUAUUAAACAGACACACACACAACAACACAAACACACAAAUCUUUACAAUCUUGCAGCAACGGGGCAGCUUGGACUACAAAUGUAUCUGGCACUUUUUGAUCCUUACUAAAAACUUGCCUGAUGGCUCUUUCUUACAAGAUCUACCUUGAUUUAAGUGAGACAAAGCUUCUCAAAGUGGUAUAACCACAGUGCCAGCGCUUAUGUGCCAACACAGAAAAAAAAAAAAAAAAAAAAAACUUGUCUUUUUUACAGCGUGGACAAUGAGGUGCUCUGGAUGAAGAGAUUUUGUACAUGCCUCAUCUACCGAGAGAGGAGAGGAGCGGUAGCAAGCAUCUCUGUGCUCCUGCACCUCCUCAUAUUUCCUUUUUAAUCAUCAUCAUGCAUUUCUAUUACACGCAAGGUCAAUGCUGAAACAGUGUUUGUGAAACGAGGUGUGGUGGGAGUGCUUUUUCAUUCUACGAAUUUCUGCAAUUUGUACAAAAAAUACCUCCCCAACCCUCAAGUGUCAAAAAAGUAUUUGUUUCUCUCACUUGCACAGUAGGAUAGUUUUUUUUUCCAUAUUUAUACAGAAACAUAUAAAAAAUGACAUUCUGAAACAUUUGAUAAUAUUUUUCUAAGGAGUUGUGGACCAAAGGUUCAACGUUUUGGGCGACUCUCACUUUUUAAUGUGUAUUUAGCAAUGUGAUUGUUGCUGGAAAUGAUCGGAGUUCCUCCAAAAGGAGAGAUGGAUGGUGUUUUUAAUGUGGAUGUUGUAGACUUAAAUUAGAAAACGUGAAGAGCUUCACCUCAAAGUGAUAAAUAUCCAGUUGGAGCUAAAUCUCUUUGGUGGAUAUAUUUGUUUGGUGUGAAGCUCUUUCUUUGACUUCCAGUCUUCUGACUGGACUGCCUUUUCAGAUGUUGACGACAUUCAAAUGACGGAUGGAGAACAUGCAGCUGCUCACUUUGAGCGGUGCUGGAAACUUUUUAAGCAACGAGAAGGUUCAAAUAUAGUCCAACAUAUCAAAGUGGAGUCCAGAGGGUUCUAUCUAGCUCAUAUGGUACUUUUACGAAGUUUGUGUAAGUAUGCUGGUUUCCUCUCUGAAACAAAUAUUCGGUGGUGUUUUAUGUCCGAACUGUUUCUGUUUUGUUUGUCAGCUUCUGGCGUGUGUGAUUGGCCUUUAAAGCAGAACUUGGUAGCCUUGAAACAAAGGUAGAGAUAGCUUGAAAAUGUGAAUGGAUGAGACUUUUAGAUCCUCACUUGUCCCUCUCUGCUGUGCUUCAGCUCCACCUCAAAAGCCCCUCACUACUGAGCAGGCUGUCAUGGACAUACACACACAAAAGCUGGUAACCAUGGCAAUGGUACUAGUUGCUGCCACUGAAACAAAAGAACAGCAAGUUAUUUCUACUCAACUUGCCAGACUCUGCUUUACCCCUUCGGUUUAAUAAACUAACAUUUAGCCUCUGUUUUGUUUUGGGGUUUUUUAAGAAAAUGAAAAGCAGUCGGGUUGUCAGCAAAUAAGUUCCCACAAAUUAAACUUAUUUGUUUGCACAUUUAGCUUAAAUGGGAUUUAAUGGGAUUUCUCCCUUCAACCAACUCAAAACUUCACCUUUAAUGGUGACAAUCAUUUGUUGGUUAUACAGCAUUAAUAUCUGAAAUAUGCCUUCCAGUUAUAAAUAGAUAAUCCAGCUUUUAACCUUUUCUUUUUUUAAUGCAUUCACCAGAAGUAGCUUCAACAUUUAAUUUAAUAUGGUUCCUGAAGUUCACAUCCUGCAUGCUUUACUGAAAGCAAUUAGGUGUUACCUGCUUGUAUAUCUUCAUUCUACAAUUUCGAGCAGUUAAAAUGACUGUACUUUUAAUAAAACCCCAAGCUGCAAAGGGUACAAGCCCCUCCAGAGGUAAUCAUUGAGUGUUUAUUCUUAUCAGCCACCUUAUCAACUCUCUGUGGUAUAUUAUGGUAAUUGUGUGCAAAGGGGCUGUAAAAAUGGAUUUAUUGCCUCUAUUUUGUACAAACACUGAGAAAGGAAACCACACUGUUUCAUAUCAGAUGCAACCUUGUAGCUCCAAGGUCACUAUAUAAACCAUUUCAGUUGAGGCAGAAUGGCAGAUAUAGCACAGUUUUAGAUUUAUAUGGUUAUCACAGCUGUGGUAUUGCAUACUAUUACCUCUUUACAACCUUUUUACAGAGUUGUAGCUGCACUGUAUUUUGCCUCUGACUUGCAGUGUCUUUAUGAUCUGGUGCAGAAUGAGUGAGUUUGAUACAGAAGAGGUUCUGAGGGCAAGGAUACAGGUCCAGACCAUCCAGGUACUUUUACAUUACUGCUAUUUACAGCUUGUUGAUCGUGGGGAUGUAUAAUUAUGUAAAAGACACCACAGAGGCCAAAAAUGCUAAACAGAUGUUUCAGCUGUGAAGAAUUUAAGAAGUGUUCACUAGUUCAUGUCUUUUUUUCUUCUUUUCCAUGUGUCAUCACAGUGCUCUGACACUCUUUGUACUCUACUCUUUCCCGUGUGUCGUAUUUAAAGUUACCUGCCAGCUUCCAAAUUUCAAGGUUGAACCUGUCUUCAUAACAUGAAAGCUCAUACCAUCAUUUAAAAUGUUAUGUUGUUGCUUAUCCAGAAUUUUCUUGAAGAUUAUAUGUUAUUGGGUAUGUUUAUUUAGCUAGCUUGCAUACAUUUCUGGAUGUCCUUUUUUUAUAGAAUAUAUAUAUAUAUUUUCAUGACAUCUAUCUGAUGUUUAUUUAAUUCAUGAUCCUUUUUUUCUAUAAAUCAUUAUUUUAGAUUUAAUUUUAUUUGUAUUACUUUUUGUUACAUCUGAAACGAUUAGUUAAAUGUGUUUCAACUUAUAAAAACAGUGUCUUAUGUUGGUUUUUUGUGCUUCAGAUAAGGGUGGGAUGACAAGGGGAGUCUAAUCUAACUAAUCAACCCUGUGAAACGAGAGGAGUUGUGAACAUCUGUGGCCAAAAUGACUGCUCAGCCAGGCCACAAAUAGCCAAAACCCUGUCUCAACUAGGCCAGCCCAGGCUAGAACCAGGCCAGACCCACAGCUUACCGCUCUGUUCCAUGCUGUGCUGUGCCGUCCACAGCCAAGAGUGACUGCAGUGGCUUAAUGUCCAUUUUUACUUUGUGGAGUUUUUAGUGAGUGCCAAAAAGACUGUGCAAAAAAACAAAAAAAACAACAAAAAAAAAGAAAAAAGAAAAUGAACCAAGCAGACAAAAAAAUGCAGCAGCUGUUUGUGUGUGUUGUGUUGUGGAUGCUUGUGUGUGUGAAUGUCUCUAUACAUGCACAUGUGCUUUAUGUGUCCAUCUAUGAAGAUGCAUGUGUGUGUUUGUUCGUCUGUUUGGCCAGCAUCUAACCCAAAUGUGCGUUUUCAUGCUAUAAGGAACCUUGUGGGACCACUGGGCUGCAGAAACUGGGGUUUGACUGAUGUUUGAGGGAUUUCAGCCAGUCAUGUUUCCACCAGCUGGAAUGAUGGAGAUGACUCCUGACCACAGCUAUUAAACCUUAACUGAUAUUGAAUUAGAUUGCCUUUAAAUCUUUAAUAUCUUACAGUUUGAUCAUCUUUUCUGUGAAAAUAUAAUUGCAUUAAAGGGAGAAUUAUUGCACCCUUCUUUAAUAAUCCUCAUUUUCAUCACCCAUUUUAAAUCUAAACUUUAAUUUGAAGUUAAUGAGUUUUAUACGUGCCACAACUUUAUAUAUAUAUAUAUAUAUAUAUAUAUACUAUUUCUCUUUGUUAGAACAAAACAAAACUCAGCGUCAGGUUUGAUUAUUAACAUAGAAAUAAAGGAAAUAUAAUGCUCAGUAUCUAAAGAAUCGAAGAAAGUGUCUUUCGAAGAUGUUUAUUUUCUGCCUUUCAAAAAC